AAGCUUGUGCCAUCUGAGCCCUGAGUUGCAUGCACUGUCUGCGGGACAGGGGCGUUUAUUGAAGUGUGCCGAAAACUUUACGAGGCUUUUCUUGGGAACAUGUCUUCCCCGCUUAAUCUGAAGGACAGUUGUUCCUACGAGGACGAAAGUCGAUUAGAAUUUACCGAAAAAGAUCGGAUAGUUCAGAUACCCUGUCUGCCUUUCAGUGUUGAAGCUUUGAUGGCUGACAGGAAAACCCGCACUGAUAUAGUGUCUAAAUCUGAAGGGAAUGUUAUGAGCACUUCCAGGACUCACCAUUCAAGUUCAAUUUCUAGAGAUUCUUACAGUCCAGACGGAUUUCCAAAAGCCUUUGCGACAUCUCCUGUUAAAUCUGAAACAUCAGAACAAGAAGACUGUUCCACAUGGGUUACAAAUUCAAGAUUCUCCACACCACCAAGACAAUUAAGCCCUAAACCUUGCCCUUUAAGGAAGCACAAAACCAACAGAAAACCCAGAACUCCUUUUACCACGUCACAACUGCUGGCUUUGGAGAGGAAGUUCCGUCAGAAACAGUACCUGUCUAUUGCGGAACGGGCCGAAUUCUCCAGCUCUCUAAAUCUAACAGAGACCCAGGUUAAAAUCUGGUUCCAAAACAGGAGGGCCAAGGCGAAGAGACUUCAAGAAGCCGAACUGGAAAAACUCAAAAUGGCAACGAAGCCAAUGCUCCAUCCUGGUUUUACAUUCCCUUUCCACAUCAACUCUCAUCUUCAAGCAGCUUCUAUGUAUGGACAGUCCUACCCUUUUCAUAGGCCUGUUCUCCCUGUAUCCUCAGUUGGACUGUACACAUCUCCAGCUGGAUACAGCAUGUACCAUUUAUCAUAAACAGACAAGGACUUGAACAUUCUCCGUUUGUAUGUGUUUUGUCUUUUCUACUAAAGGUACUUUAAUUUUUUAUAUAAUGGUGUUCUCAGCAUGUUAUAAAAC